GAGAGAGAGAGAGAGGCGGUACGAUUUAAGGAGAUAGAGAGCAGUGUACAGAGAGAGGGAGAGGUAGUGCAACACUGAGUGGGUUGAUUAGAAUCAAAACAGGUAGUCGCAGCAAGCAGCUGAGCAGUUGCAAUAAUAGUCAGCCAGGCAGUCGGUCGGUCUCAAUAGGCAUGCGAAUCAUUAAACGAAUCAUUUGACUGCAACAACAACAGACAGUGGAACGAAUAUGACCACCUCAACGCCCAGCAGCAGCAAUAGCACCACCAACCCCACCACCACCAAUAACACCACCAGCAGCAGCAGCAGCAACAACAACGACAGCAACAAUCGACAAGGCGACGUCGAGCGAGCAACCUCAGCGGCAACUUUGUACAACAGCAACAGCCCGACAGCAACAUCAGCAACCAUAGGAUCAACAAAUCGUGUCAUGCAAGCGGACGAGGAUUUCAACAUACGAUUCGUUAAUUUGGUGCGCACGUAUCGCUGUCUGUACGACAAGAAAGUGCCGGAGUAUCGCAACAGAGACAACCAGGAGAAAGCCUGGGCCCUUAUAUCAAAGGAGACGCGUGAGAGUGUUAUUCACUGCAAGGAGAGAUGGAGGAAUCUGCGUGCGUGCCUCUCGCGCUACAUCAAACAGCAGAGCGGCUCCGAGCCGCAGCAUAAACCUUAUUAUCUGACCGAGCACAUGGCGUUCCUGCUGCCGUUCCUCAAGUCCUCGCGUAAUUCACUGGAUGGCAAUAAUAGUUUGGCUUCGCUCUACCAGUUCUCCCAGCAGCAUCUGCAUCUGCAUCAGCAACAGCAGCAUCAGCAGGAACAUUUGUACUGCAACAACAACAACAACAACCACAGUGUACUAAAUGAAUCUUUGGAGCUUAAGCAGUCGCUAUCUGAAAACGACGAUGAGGAAACAAUUGAUGCUUUUGAUCCUGCCAUAGCCGCAACACUGGGUCUGCAGCGCGCUGCACCUACACCCGGAUCCAAUGUUAUGGCAGUUCCCAGCUCGCCAGCCCACAGCGAGACGGCUAGCGCCAAUAGCCUUCAGAAUUUCAUACCGGACGUGCAGCUGGCAGAGUCCGGCCCGGAUUUGGUAUACAACGAUGCUUCCUCCACACCAGUGCAUCAUCAGCCGCCACAUUCCCACAACCAUGCGCUGCACGGCUAUCACCAUAAAUUCCAACAGCUCCAACAGCAGCAGCAGCAGCUCCAACAGCAGCAGCAGCAGCAGCAGCAGGCGGCGCACUUCGAGCAAAGCGAUGCCAAGAGAAUCAAAACCGAGUGCGAGGCCACCACGACGAGCAGUGGCGUCGCUUACUUUGGCGGGCUCAGCGUCUCAGAGCACACGGACAUGGAGUUCUUUCGCAGCAUUCUGCCGGACAUCGCAGCACUGACGCCGCAGCAGCGUCGCAAGUUCAAAAUUGGCAUUCUUGAGCUCAUAGACGAGGUCGUAGAGCGCUACCCAUCCCAGGAGCGUUACAGUGGCGGUGUGCUCAACGGCAGUGGUGGCACCAGCAGCGGCAGUGUUGUUGGCGCUGGCGGUGGAGGUGGCAGUGCCUCAGCAAGCAACAGUGCUUCCGGGAGGCAGCAGCGUCGCAAUUCUGGACGGGAUUGGCGCAAGUAAACAAAAAUCCUUAUAUCUAAAUAUAAGAAGUAUAGUUAGGUAUUCCAUAAAUGGUUGAUGCCAAGAGUUGAGAAGCUUAAGCUUGGAAAGCCAAGAAUAAUAGCAAAGCAAAUACCGAAAUGAAAAAAAAUGAUUAUUUUUAAAAUUGGAUUAUUUUUUAGAGAAAAGCCCAAGCUCAAGUGAAUACUGCCUUGAUUGGCUACUCACAUUUCAAAAUUUCUGAGGGUUUAUUCCUUUGAAGCAAAUAUUUAUAUGAAUGGUAGAGUUCUCCAAUACUUAUUAUCCUCAAAUAGGCAAAUCAAAAAUUGCCAUAAUUUUUCAAUUCAAGUAACGAAAUUUAACCUUUUUAAGACAUCUAGGACUUGAUUUUAUGUUUUUCGAAGUCUGAGUGGAAAUAACUUAAUUUUCAAAAACUCAAUGUGAUCGUCACUUGAAAAAUGAAAAUUCUGUUAAAAACGCGUUACUUUCUUCUGCUUUCCAUAAUUAGCUUCACAACUCUUGAGCUAUUCGCCGUUCAGUGUCCAUGUGUCGUGUGCUCAAUGUGUUAUUUCUAAAUAUUAAUUACCUAAAAUGCGGCAGCUGAUGCCGCAGGCUGUUGGCUGCUGUAAUGCUAACUGUUGUUUAUAUAGAGAAUUUAAUAUGUAAGCAGCUUUGUAUAUAGAAAUGGAUGUUAUGCAUAGUGCGUAAUUAGGCUUAGCUAUAAGAUUGAUGUACAAAAUCGUUGCAGAUUAGACUUAGGCAAUCAGGAGCGAGAAAUUCCUAAGCUCGCAAAACAGUCGUGUCAAAGAAAUAAAUGAAUGUAUGAAAAUAUUA